AUGGAAUCGGCUGACUCGCAUGGUAGUCACGGUGACGCCUUUGAACCUUACGACCUCGACAUCGACGGCGUCCGUCGACCUCACUUGGCUACUACGGAAGCCAUUAUGGGAGAAGGAUUUGCUAUGCAGCGGAUUCGCAUGUCUGCGAUCGCCGAUUUAAAGGAGUUUUCAGGCCGCAAUCACAAUGACGACCGCGCUCGAAGCUGGCUGCGAAAGGUCACAUCAGCUUUCUUGCGUGAUCAAACACCCGAUUCGGAGAAUUGUUUGGUUUUUGGAGAUUUGCUAACAGGCCCAGCCCGAAACUGGUACCUUCAGCUAAGCCGAUUAACACGCAAUAAAGGGAAAGAAUUGCUGGAGAGUUUUCUACCACAAUACUGUGGACGCGGCAUCUCUGCUGGUCGCCAGUAUUACCACGCAUGCAAACGUGCCGAUGAAACUCCGCUAGAAUACCUUUGUCGGUUGAACGUUGCUGGGAUGCGAGCGAAAAUCCACUUGAAGGACGGGACCGUCGCUGACCGCCGAAAACACGUGGAACACUAUAUAGAGACAGUGGAUGACCACAAUCUCGCAAUGCAAUUGACCUUGCUGCGUUUGGACGACGUAGAUACGCGGGAGUUAACGCUGCACACAUAUGAACGUAUGCAAAAGCGCAAAGGCAAUUUCACGAUCAUUUCAGGCAAGUUCCGCCCACGAUCAGCGUCGCCAUACUCUCUGAGUCCAUCCAAACCGGCUCGAGCUGUGCGUGCAAUCCACGUGGGGGGCGAGAGAAGUUCUUCAGAAUCAGAUACAAACAGUGCGGAAUCAGACGAAGAACAACGACGUGUUUACAGCGCCACAGCAGCCGACCAUAUGAAGGACCGGGGAAGUGUUUGUCCGACCAAGCCAAUAACGAACGACCGUGAACGUGAUCACGAGCGUGCAGAAGGGCACAAGUCGUGCACUCAUUGUGGUUCCAAAAGACAUGAUGACAAGGGAUGCUGA